AUGAUUGCUACAAACACUGCCACAGUACCUUUCUUCGAUCAGCAUCCUCGCGAUAAGAUUGCUUUGAACAGCUCUACCGCUCUCGCCGCGACAGCAGCCUCGGUUCUUAAGCAAGCCAUUCCCGAAGUUGCAGUCGUUGAACCUUCCAUGCUUCAGCGUCCACCGGAAGCCAUUCAACAAACUGUAGCUCCUCCCGAAGAGCCUCUCCCUGAGAAUUACGUCAGUUUACCACAAAACUCAAAACUCGAUGAGGAACCAAAUCCAUUCGAAAAAUCGUUUUCCGGUCUCCCAUCGACCGCGGCUGCCCAAGUUUCAGCCAAAAAUCCUUCCCCACCUGUCUCUAAACCUGUACUACCACCUGUAACUUCCAUGGAUAGCCCAUCCACUGGAAUCCCAACUUUCAAGAAGGCAACUGUUGAUCAAUUCGCCUGGGGAUCCCUACGAGCUGGACCUCUGUCACCUUCCAUGCUUCAGGGACCAGUGAGUAAUGCUCUUGUCCCAUUCACUGCUACCCCUGUUGCUGCGACAACGACCGUAGCAACAACCAUGAAACCAGUUGAAUCCGAUGAGUUUGUCCCUUAUCAACCACAGAUUCCAACAUCGAUGCAGUACAGUUUCCAAGCCAAUACACAAGCUACUCAUGUGAAUGGUACAAAAUACGGAGUAUACCAGCAACCACCUGCACCUAUCCCACAAUCUGUAAAACCAACACCACAAGCUCAGCAUAUUACAACCUUCCCCAUAGUUUCUCAGCCUGAAUCCUAUGGGCAAGAUCAAGCCGCCGUCAAAAGCGAAGCGCGUCCAUAUCAGUCCACUACCGAGUUCAUUCACCAUGAAAACGGAGGCUCUACUCGAAAAGGCUCUCGAUCGACCCACCAGCUCAUGAAUGACUCAAAACCAUCCACUCGAACAAAGCGUCAGGAACACGGCGAAUUAUUGGAAGGUUUGGGCCCCACCAAUAAGCGACAAAAAUCCGUCUCAUCUGAGCAAGAUGAAGAUGAAAAGAGACGAAACUUUUUGGAACGAAACAGACAGGCUGCGUUGAAAUGUCGUCAACGUAAGAAGGCAUGGCUUAGCGACUUACAGGGCAAAGUCGAAAUAUUAGCACAAGAGAACGAACAACUUGCAAUGCAAGCGAAUUCGUUCCGGGAAGAAAUCAUUCAGUUGAAGAGCUUGCUUCUUGCUCAUAAGGACUGCCAGGUUACAAAGGACAAUGGUUCAUCGAUUAGAGUGGCUUUGGAGAAGCCCGUUCCACCUCCAGUAGCUACUACUUCACAGCGACAAGAGUAG